AUGUCCAAGUCGGAGAAGGCAACAUACUCGCAUGGCCACCAUGCCAGUGUGAUCUCAACACACGCUCGCCGCACAGCCGCCAACAGUGCUGGCUUUCUCCUACCCCAUAUUCAACCACACUACAAAAUCCUUGAUCUGGGCUGUGGACCUGGUACUAUAACAGCUGACCUCGCAGCACUAGUACCGCAAGGUUCGGUACUAGGUGUCGAUUCUGUUGAUGGCAUAUUGUCCCAGGCACGAAGCCUGACUGAAAGCCGCGGACUAAGUAAUCUAACUUACCAAACUGGCGAUGCCAACAACCUCACCUUUUCCGAUGGCGAGUUUGACAUCGUCUUCUGCCAUCAACUACUACAACACGUCAAAGAUCCAAUCGGUGUUCUUCACGAGAUGAAGCGCGUUUGCAAGAAAGGCGGCCUAGUCGCAGCUCGCGAGGCGGAUUAUGCCUCUUUCAUCUGGCAGCCUCGUACGCCAGAGCUCGACACUUGGGGCUCCAUCUACCAGAAAGUUGCGCGUGCUAAUGGCGGAGAGCCAAAUGCAGGUCGCUUCAUGCCGCAAUGGGCUAGAGAAGCUGGUUGGGCACCGGAGCAGGUGACUGUCAGCUGGAAUAGCUGGUGUUUCACUGGCCAAGGAGCGACGGACUGGGCACUGAGUUGGAAGGAUAGGUCAGUGCACAGCGAUUUCGCGAAGAGCGCUGUCAAACUUGGGUUUAGUGACCAGGCUGGAUUGGAGCGAACCAGUGCAGCGUGGAAGGCGUGGGCUGAUGGUGAAAUCGAUGGGUGUGAGGAUAAAAUCUUCGUCGUUGGGAACGGUGAGAUCCUCUGUCGGUGCUGA